UUGAGCGGUACGUGAACCAAUUGACAGCGAUCGUCGAGGAGGAGACUUUUUAGUGACUGCAUAAAUACAUGAAUAAUUCAAACUCAAAAACCCCAGCGACAACAACAAGUUGGACCACGACAACGUGACCUGCCUGUAGAGUUAUCGAUCAAACGACCGACCCGACGAAUCUACCGAUCUACCGAUCUACCCAACCGUUCAUCUCGUAUCUGACGUAUUCCAGCCCAGCUAACAGCAGCGCAGCCACAAUACAAAAUACCCAAUACCCAAUACCUAAGAAAAAAAAACACAAUAAAACAAUCAGAAACAACUACAGGCGAAAUGUGCGGAGAAACAAAAAGAAAAUUGAAGACGACGACACGAGCGUAAAUCUUUUUAGCAUGAAAAAAUUCUAUAAAACUAACAGGCACUGUGUGGUCGGACAUCAUUCGUGCGCUACGACGGCAGACGACAGCCGCAGAUACAGAUACGGAUACAGAUACAGAUACAGAUACAGAUAGCCGGAUUCGUCAAACGGACAGGCCCUGAUUCUGAUUGAUUGAUUGCCGAACCCAUUGCCGGGCCCCAUCUCCAUCUCCAUCUGCAUCGCCAACGCAAAACUCCUGCCCGAAACUGCCCAAAACCAAAACCAAAACCCAUAGCCAAACCCAAACUCGAAACUGAAAUUGAAAAUCAAAGUGCCAGAGUAUCUGCAACAGCAAUAGCACAGUCAUCGUCUAACAGCAUCAGCGGUCAGCAUCCCAACGGACAACGUCCAGUCGCCAAGCCAUCAAUCAGUCAACGCGUCAGUCAGUCAGUCAGUCAGUCAAUCGAAUCGCCCACCCGACUUCAACUUCUGGCUGGAGGAUAUCUUCGGUCGGCGCUUCAGUUUCAGUUCGCAUUUGGACGCGUGCUGUGCGGCCUCGCCGAUAGAGAAGUCGGAUCGGAACGGAAAUCGGAAUUCAAAACUCUGAAUCAGAAUAGGAAUCAGAAUCGGAAUCAGAAUCAGAAGCAGAAUAAGAAUCGUGCGCGAAUUAAUCUAUAACGUAUAAAGAAUCAAAACACUGGCGCACACACGUGUCUGAAGUUCAGUGACAAGCCCCAAAUCAGGCGUCUAUUCUAUAUUCCAUUGAAUAUAUAUAAAUCGUGAAAUCGUAAAACACUUUUAAUCAACUCGAAACCAAGCGUUGGCACGGCAUAAUUAAUUCGUCUGACCCGCAAAGUUCACGUCGAGCAAAUACGGUUGUGCAAAGUGUGCUCGAUAAAGUGCGAAAUAUCCCAAUCAGAAAUCUAAAAUAACUAGUAGCAACAUGAAGCUGAUUGCAGUAUUGUUGGCAGUGGCGCUGUUUGCCCUCUCGCUGGUCCAGUGCCUCAGCCUGCCCGAUCCCAGCACCAAGUGCGUCAUGGAGUGCGACACGCAGGCGUUCGGAUGGAUUUGUGCCGCGGACGACAAGGGCACCACCAAGAGCUACCGCAAUCUGUGCGUGAUGAAAACGGAGAAUUGCCUGCAGAAUGCAAACUUUCAGAAGAUCAGCGAAAAGGAGUGUCCGUAGAGCUGUUGAAUCUAUAUCGAUCCAUCGAUCUGUAGUCCAGCAGAAAUAACUUAAUCAUGGAGGAGAACGAGUGUACGUGUACGCAGUUUGGCACGCUGGAGGACUCUUCUUUCUCGCGUGGUAUUUGUGUGUGAUAUUUUUAAGUUGUACUUCAGCGGAAUACAGAACACGCCUCCGAACGUAAUGCAUAAUGAUAAUGUAUUCUAUAAUUAUUAAUAAUAAAUAUUAAAUAAAGUAAUCGUAACACGCAAA